AUGGGCCUCGGGUGGGCAGGUGAGGGGCUGGGGAGCAGUGGCAAGAACCGGCGUGUGUGCCACGCCGCGGCGCGGCUGGAGAUGGGCAGCCUCUGGGAGGAGUUCAACCGCCUGGGCACCGAGAUGAUCGUCACCAAGGCGGGCAGGAGGAUGUUCCCCACCUUCCAGGUGAAGCUGUCAGGCCUGGACCCACUGGCUGACUAUGUCCUGCUCAUGGACUUCAUCCCCCUGGAUGACAAGAGAUACAGAUAUGCCUUCCACAGCUCCUCCUGGCUGGCAGCAGGCCGAGCUGACCCAGCAGCCCCAGGUCGAGUCCACUUCCACCCUGACUCCCCAGCCAAGGGGGCGCAGUGGAUGCGCCAAAUCGUCUCCUUCGACAAGCUCAAGCUGACCAACAACCUCCUGGAUGACAACGGCCACAUCAUCCUCAACUCCAUGCACCGCUACCAGCCGCGCUUCCACGUGGUCUUCGUCGACCCUCGCCGCGACAGCGAACGCUUCGCCCACCAGAACUUCAAGUCCUUCAGCUUCCCUGAGACCCAGUUCAUGGCAGUGACAGCUUACCAGAACCACCGGAUCACCCAGCUGAAGAUCGCCAGCAACCCCUUUGCCAAGGGCUUUCGGGAUGGUGACCCUGAGCCGUGGUGUGGGGUGCCCGCAGGGUCCCUGCUGGGUGCCAUGCCCCGUGCCCGCACCACCGCGUUGCCCCCCCAACACGAGAAGCAGGAGAAAGGGGCUCCCCGCAGCCAGGGGGCACUGGUCACCACUGCUCCCCCCCAGCCAGCUCCCCCCAGCUUUCCUGAGCUGCCCACAUCCCCCUUCCAGCCCCUCACCUGUCCCACUGGUGUCUACAUGGGGGGCAAACCUCGCGCCCUGCCCUACCCCCUGCCCACCUUCCCCCCACUCAGCACCUACAGCACCACCACAACCCCCCAUUUUGGCUAUGGGCAGCAGUGA